AUGGAGGGCAUUCUCGACUUUGACAAAGACCUCGACAUCGGUCUUCUUGAUCGAGUCGUGUCCGCCAUGUACACCGGCGCCGGCCAGGACCAGAGGAUGGCGCAGCAGACCCUUGCCCAGUUCCAGGAACACCCAGAUGCCUGGCAGCGCGUCCCCGCCAUCCUUCAGCAUAGCUCAUCUUCACAGACCAAGUACAUUUCGUUGCAGAUCCUCGACAAGCUCAUCUCGACACGGUGGAAGGUUCUUCCCGAGGACCAGCAGCAGGGCAUCCGCAAUUUCAUCGUCGAGAUGAUCAUUCAGCAUUCGUCCGACGAGGCCAACCUCAAGCGCGAGAGGACCUACAUCGGCAAGCUCAACACCACCCUCAUCCAGAUCCUCAAGCAAGAGUGGCCUCACAACUGGCCAUCUUUCAUCCCCGAGAUCGUCUCCUCCUCCAAGGGCUCGCUCUCCAUUUGCGAAAACAACAUGGCUAUCCUUCGCUUGCUUUCCGAAGAAAUCUUUGAUUACUCGGCUGAGCAGAUGACUACCUCCAAGACCAAGUCGCUCAAGAACCAGAUGUGUGGCGAAUUUGGCGAGGUCUUUCAGCUUUGCUCCGAGGUGCUCGAAAAAGCGCAGAAGCCCAGUCUGAUCAAGGCCACCCUUGAGACCAUGCUGCGCUUCCUCAACUGGAUCCCGCUCGGCUACAUCUUUGAGACCAACGUCAUCGACAAUCUCAUCGGCCGUUUCCUCGAGGUCCCCGAGUUCCGCAACGUGACGCUCAAGUGUCUCUCCGAGAUCGCCAACCUCAAUGUUGGCGCAGAGUACGACCCCAAGUUUGUCGUCCUCUUCAAUAUGGUGAUGACCUCGGUCAACCGUAUGAUCCCUCCCGCCACCAACAUUGCAGCCGCCUACGAGACCAGCUCCGAUUCAGAGCAGGAGCUCGUGCUCAAUCUCGCUCUCUUCCUCUCCAACUAUCUGACCGCUCAUCUCAAACUCGUAGAGAACCCGGAGAACAAAGACGUCCUCCUCAACGCACACAUGUACCUUAUCAAGGUCUCCCAAGUACCCGAGCGUGAAGUCUUCAAGAUCUGCCUCGAGUACUGGUCCAAGCUCGUGAGCGAGCUCUACGAGGAGCAGCAGUCACAGCCCAUCGCAGAGAUGAACCCGCUGCUCGGCCUCAAUCUCGGCAACGGCGUAUCCAACGCCAACUCGGCCAACCUGCGAAAGAACAUCUACACCGACAUCCUCUCCAACCUGAGGCUCGUCAUGAUCGAACGCAUGGUCAAGCCAGAGGAGGUGCUCAUCGUCGAAAACGACGAGGGCGAGAUCGUCCGCGAAUUUAUGAAGGAGAGCGACACCAUCGUCCUGUACAAGAGCAUGCGCGAGGUGCUCGUCUACCUCACCCACCUCGACGUGCUCGACACCGAGAACAUCAUGACCGAGAAGCUUGCCAAGCAGGUUGACGGCUCCGAAUGGUCGUGGGCCAAUCUCAACACGCUCUGCUGGGCCAUCGGCUCCAUUUCGGGCGCAAUGAACGAGGAGACAGAGAAGCGAUUCCUUGUCACCGUCAUCAAGGAUCUGCUCGGCCUGUGCGAGAUGAAGCGUGGAAAGGACAACAAGGCCGUCGUUGCUUCCAACAUCAUGUACAUCGUUGGCCAGUACCCGCGGUUCCUCAAGGCGCAUUGGAAGUUCCUCAAGACCGUCGUCAACAAGAACUUCGAGUUCAUGCACGAGAGCCACGAAGGUGUCCAGGACAUGGCGUGCGAUACCUACAUCAAGAUCGCCCAAAAGUGUCGACGCCACUUUGUCAUCCAGCAAGCGGGCGAGCAGGAGCCCUUCAUCGACGAGAUCUUGCGCAACUUGCAUCGCAUCACCCUCGAUCUCUCGCCGUUGCAGGUCCACACCUUCUACGAGGCGGUCGGCUACAUGAUCGCAGCGCAGCCCAACCGUCCCACGCAGGAGCGACUCAUCGCCAAGCUCAUGGAGCUGCCCAACAGCGCGUGGGACAGCCUCAUGCAGCAGGCGCACAACAACGUCGACGUGCUCAGCAGCCCGGAAAACAUCAAGAUCUUGUCCAACGUGCUCAAGACCAACGUGUCCGCUUGCGUAUCCAUCGGCACCUUCUUCCUGCCCCAGAUUGGCCGUAUCUACCUCGACAUGCUCGCCCUCUACCGCAGCGUUAGCGGCAUCAUCAGCGCCAAGGUCGAGGCCGAGGGUCUCAUCGCUACCAAGACGCCCAUGGUGCGUGGUCUGCGCACCAUCAAAAAGGAGAUCUUGCGGCUCGUGGAGACCUACGUCAAACGCGCCGAGGAUCUCGAAAAUGUCAACAGCAGCUUGAUCCCCUCGUUGCUCGACGCCAUCCUCGGCGACUACAACCGCAACGUUCCCGCCGCCCGAGAUGCCGAGGUGCUCAACGUGAUGGCCACCAUCACAUCGCGCCUCCAGGGUCUCUUGACGGACAAGAUUGCGCCCAUCCUCGACGCCGUGUUCGAGCCCACGCUCAACAUGAUCAAUCAGGACUUCGCCGAGUUCCCCGAGCACCGUGUCGGCUUCUUCAAGCUGCUGCGUGCCAUCAACCUCUACUGCUUCCCUGCGUUGCUCGAACUGCCACCGCCCAAGUUCAAGCUGACCAUGGACAGCAUCAUCUGGGCCAUCAAGCACACCAUGCGUGACAUUGCCGACACGGGUCUCAACAUCUGUCUCGAGCUGCUCCAAAACAUCUCCGGAUCGCCGCUCGAGGUGGCCAACGGCUUCUACCAGCAAUACCUGCUCAACAUCAUCCAGGACAUCUUCUUCGUGCUCACCGACUCGGACCACAAGAGCGGAUUCAAGACGCAGUGCGUGCUGCUGGCGCGCAUCUUUGAGCUCAUCGAGACGGACCGCGUCACGGCACCGCUGUGGGAUGCUGCGACGCAGCAGGAUCCCAACAUGAACAACCGGCUCUUCAUCCGACAGUACACGACCAACCUGUUGCGCAACGCGUUCCCUCACAUGCAGACGCAGUACGUAGAGUCGUUCGUCAACGGCCUCUGCAUGCAUUCGAGCGAUCUGAUCGCGUACAAGCUGCACCUGCGCGACUUCCUCAUCACAUCACGCGAGAUGUUUGGCGGCAACACGGGUUCGGCGGACAACGCGGAUCUGUUCGCGGAAGACAAGGAGGCGGAAGCACAGAGGAAGGCGGCUGCAGACAGGGAGAAGGCGGCCACGGUGCCGGGUAUGCUGAAGCCUUCGCAGAUCAAAGAGGAGGACGAGGAGUUGUGA